CACUUCGUAUCGUAUAUAUUACUAGAUAACAAAAAUGUUUAGAAUUAUAGCUUUGAUAGGAAAUCUAGCAAUUGCUAAAAGUGAAAUGAUUAUGUGAUUGUUGAGUUCUUACCAAUCCCAUUUUUCUGCAUUACGAGAUUUGAGAUAUUAAAAUGUGCAUAGUUCUAUUACUUAUUUAUUUUUCUUUAUAUAUUUUUUCACAUAUAUACAUAUAAAAAUAAAUAUCAAUCUAUGAUCAUCAGAUCAAAAGAUUAGAUAAAAAUAUCUAUCAAUUCAUCAAACCACUCUUUCUUGGGUGUCAUGUGGUAAUUUGUUGAAAUUGAUAGUUUUUAAUUAAAAAAAUUCUUAAACUGGCAGAACAUGGUGGGGUGAAUGUAGUGGAAGACUCGAUUUUUACCUGAAAGAAUAAAAAUAAAGUCGAUGACGGGUACCUACUUAACAAAGGCAAGAAUCCUAUCAAUAUUGUAUAUUUAUAUUAUAAUCAAACAAAUAAAUUAUACGAAAACUAUGGAUGGAAACAAAAAUAAAAAGAAGAUUUGUGCAGAAAUAAGAAAGUGAAGAGGCCAAAACCGUGUCACACGCUUUGUAAUUGUAAGCUUGUGUUAAGGCUUUUGCUUUUCGAAAAGAGAUAUUUAUAUUACAGAUCUAUAGAUAAGUGCAUGUUACGUGUUCAAUUAACAUGGUACACUACACAUAAAGCUCGUCGAAUAAAUUUCAUAUAUUUAAUGUGCACAUCUAAUGCAUGUCUAUAUACUAUGGUGUUGACUGGUUUCCCCGCUACCACCCGCAAACGCAGCUUUUGCGGUUAGUAGCGGUUGACAGCGUUUCGAAACAAUCAUAUGAAUCGCUCUGUACCGCUUCGAACCACUUUGUACCGCUCAAAAUCAAAAGCUCCUUCCCGCAAGCGUUUGCGGUUGCGGGCGGUUGCGGUUGGAAAAAAAUAUUAAAUAUUAAAUUAGAUUUAGAUUUCAUAUAUAUCCUAACUAAUCAAAAUCACGUACAGCUACUUAUAUAUCCUAACUAAUCCAUUUUUAACUAACGUUAUAUAUGUGUAUAUUUGAUAAUAUCUCAUUCACGUUAACCUAAUACAGUUUCAAUCCAUUGAAAUCAUGACUUCCAACCAAGAAGAAAGUCAAGAGAACAACGUAAGUGGAUUAUGAUUUUAUUCCAGUUUAUUGUUUUAUGAUUUCUGAUAUGUUUUGUUGUUUAAAUUCUCUGAAUCACCAGUAUAUCAUUCAUAUAUAUAUUUGUAUGUUUCGUAAUUGGAUAUAUGUUAACCUGGUCUUUGAAUAGAAACUACAAUGGUCAGAUGAGAUGACUCGUUUCUUGUUAGAACUGAUAACGCUGGAAAAACAAGAUGGAAAUUCUAAAGGCAAAAACUUGAGUGAGCAGGGAAAGCAAAAUGUUCUCAAAGAAUUUAAAAAACAGUUUCCAGUUGCGAUCACUUGGAACAAAGUGAAAAACAGACUUGAUACUUUGAAAAAGCAAUAUGAAAUCUAUCCUUCGAAAUUUCGCUCACAUCCAUUGCGUUUUAUACCGCUUCUUGACGUGGUAUUUCGAGAUGAAACUGUCGUGGUUGAGGAGUCAUGGCAACCAAGACGUGGUGUAUAUCAUCGUACUCCACGAGUUGAGUUAAGUGAUGAAGAAGAAGUUCAGAUUCAAGAUUCACAUGAUCUUGAUCAUAUGGAACAAGAUGACACAGCCUGGUUAGAAACUCCAAUGAAAGAUACUCCAAAUGUUAUCGAGACAGAUCUUGUAAUGCCGUCACAACAAAGUAUGAAAGAUACAUCUCGCCGAAAGCGUAAGCGCAAUCCAGUGGACUCCACGCUCGAUCGUAUUGCUGCGACCAUGGAAGACCGAAAUGGUAUUCUAGAACAGAUGGCAUCAUCUACAUCUAAAUCAAAGUCAACAAAUGCAACUGAGGAACGUAUGGCUCUUGUUGUCAAAUGUGUGAGAGGAGUACCGGAUCUAAUUCCAAUGACAGAGCUAUAUUGGGCAUCACUUGACCUUAUUGCAACAAAUGAUGUUGUGCGGGGCUUAUUUAUGGCUCUUCCUGAUGAUGAGAAACUACCUUUUCUGAAACGUCAAACUAAGGAGUCCCGUAACGAUUUUUUUGAUGAUUAGCUUUAGUUGUUCUUUUCAUGGGAAUUUUGCUUUCAUGUUUGCAUUUUACUUUUGACAAUGAGUAUCUUCUUUUGGUUUUGUUUGAUUUGAGUUUUCGGUGGAUUAUUCUGAGAUUACUUAUUUAUUUAUUUAUUGAAACUUAGAUGACAAGAGUUUAAUUUGUUUCAGGAACCAAGUAACGUGGAUUUGAAAACAAUCAUGGAAACUAUUGAUGCUGAUGACCAGGCUGUUGAAGCCAUCUUAUGUAUUGAGCGUAGUCGUUUUUCCCUUAGAGAAAAAUUAAGAACGGAUCCUGAACGUGGGCUACGUAUAAUGCAUCAACUGAUGUAUGAGAGCGACACACAAUGCCUCCAUGUUUUACGUAUGAAACAAAGAGUGUUUCUUAAGCUCUUAAAUACACUAAAGUCAUACGGUCUUAAAGACUCUCAUUGGGUAAAAGCUGAGGUUGCUUUAGGUAUGUCUCUCAAGAUUUUGGGACAUAACCCAUCACAAAGGAGCAUAGCAGCAGAGUUCCAAGUCGCACAAUGGACUGUUGCAACAAAAUUUAGUGAUGUUAUUAAUGCCCUAUGUUGCUUGCAUUCAGACAUAGUUUCAUGGAAAAGAGAAGAACUGGAUGAGACACCACCACGAAUCAUACAUGAUAAGAGGUAUUUUCCUUAUUUUGAAGAUUGUAUCGGGGCCAUAGAUGGUACUCACGUUCGUGUACGUGUUGGUGGAAAUAAAAAGAUCACAUAUUGGAACCAUCAUAAUUAUACUUCAAUGAACAUACUGGCAGUGUGUGAUUUCAAUAUGAAAUUCAUAUAUACACGUAUUGGAGUUCCGGGUCGUGCACAUGACUCAAAGAUACUGACAUAUUGUGCACGUCAUGAUAACUUUUUCCCAUUCCCAAAGUCGGGGAAAUACUUUCUAGUUGAUUCAGGCUAUCCUAACAGAAGAGGUUUCCUAGCUCCAUAUAGAGGUGAGGCCUACCAUCCAAAUCAUUUUGCUGGACGUCGACCAACCACUGUACGAGAGAUGUUUAACAACAGGCAUUCCUCUCUUCGGUCAAUAAUUGAAAGGACGUUCGGAGUGUGGAAGGGAAAGUGGUCUAUUUUAGAAGGUCGUGUUCGCUAUGACGUCGAUAUGCAAGAAAAAAUUGUUGCAGCAACUAUGGCGUUGCAUAAUUUUAUUCGAGAUUCUAAUAUAGAUGACAUCGACUUUAAUGCUGCCGACGAAACAGAGAAUUAUGAAGCUGGUCUUGAAGGAAACACAUCUCCAUCUCAUGAUGAUCAUGGAGUUGAUCGAAAUUAUGAUCCGACAGCUGAUGCGUAUAUGUCAACUAUUAGAGAUGAUAUAGCAAGAAAUAUAUGGGAUGAUCGUUAGCUUGUGGUCAGCUUGCCAGUUUUUCUUUAAUAUAUCUUUUUAAAGUUCUGAAAGUAACCAUGUUUUAAUUUCAUUAGAACUCUAGAACGUAUCUUUAUGUCUUCUUUGUCAGUUUUCACUUUCUUUUUAACAUUUGGAGAGUUUAUUGUUUAUGGAACUUCAUUGGUUUUUCGUUAUUCUUCUGCCUCAUGCUUUUCUUAUGCUUCUUGUUAUGUCUACUUGGAUUGAUGUUGCUUGUUUUUAAUUAAUCAAUCUUGUGUAUAUAUUCGAACACAAUAUAUCAAAACCAGUAUACACUUGUACGCUAACCAGAUAUACACACUUGUGCGCCAAAAAGUGAUUACCAAAACGGCGGGAAAAUUAAUUACCCGCUAAAUAUAUAGUUAGCUAGAUAAAUAUAAAAUAUUUGUUUACCAGAAUUUAAGAUAUGCAUCUAUCCCAAAAACAUUUAUGCUUAUCUAAUAAGCUAGUAUAAAAGUUGAUCGAUGUCAAACAAAUACACAAUUUGUAGUUGAUAGCACACAUUCUUUUUAGCGACAGAAGAAGGUAAUUCUAGUCUUCUUUUAUUGUUAACUUUUGGCUCUGUUUUAUAUUUCUAUCAGUCAAGUUUAUUUGUUUUCUAAAUGAGUUUUUAUACUAUCUAAUGUUAGAAUUGAUAAUUAUGGCUUCACAAGAUAUUUUGGCUUCUGCUUCGAUGACGGUAUGCUAUUUACUAUUAACUUUGUCUUUAUUGGAUUGCAAAGAGUAAAUAAAUUUACUAUGUCUUGGUUUUCAGAAAGUUACAUGGACUAACGAGAUGACACAUACAUUACUUGAAUGUAUAACUGUGGAGAAACAGAGCAAAGAUGAAGGAAACAGAUUUUUUAAUCUGUCCCAAAAAGAAAAUAUUGUCAAGAAGCUUAAUGAGCAAUUUGGAAUAGAGAUGAGUUGGAAGCACGCUAAAAAUCGUUGGGAUUAUUUGAAGAAAUUUUACAAUAUGUAUAAGAUGAAUCCAGAAAAUCCACGUCUCGGAACAAAAUUUUUCGAGUAUGUUGCACAGCUUGAUGAAAUAUUUGGUGAUAAUUAGAAUGCAUGAAACAAUAAUCAUGCCAUAACUUUUAUUUUUUUUUAAUUAUUAUUUAUUAUUUUGUUAUUGGAUUUUAAGUUUAUUAUUUUUAAUCAUAUUUUUUUUUAAUUAUUUUUUUGUCUAUUAAAUAUUAUUUAUUAAUUAUUUUUUGUAUAUGUGGGUGGGUGGGUAAACCAGUCAGAAAUGAUCCGCAAACGCAACAAUUUUCAAAUGUUGUGCCAGUCAUACAAAACGCUUAAUAACGCUAGAAACCGCAACCACCCGCAUCCGCAAACUCCCGCAACCGCAACCGCAACCGCUGCGUUUGAACCAG